AUGUACACAGAAAAGACACAACUCUUCGAGACAUUUGUCUUCAGUUUAUUGGGACUCCAAUCCAUCAAUCAAAAUCAAAAUCUACCUCUCAAGUUUUCGAUCCGGCUAGUUUACCUUGACGCACCUCGAGAUCUAAGUCACAAUGCACCCCUGGCACGAUACAAAUCGCAAGACCUUGGAUCAAUAUUCUGUCGAGACCUCGCCCGCCCAGCUUCAGCAGCACCUGGCACCUCCUUAAAAUCACUACAUGACGUUCGAUUCUGUGUUGGAGACUUUGUCGACAUCGCCCUCAUUUCCUCGUUUUCCGCUCUUCCUUCUGGAGGGAUAACGGCAUCCUCGGAGACAGGAAGACCAGUCUUUGGAAUCAGGGGUGCUGCUCGGGGUUUCGCAAGCGCAGCGCCGGCGGCCGAAUCAACUUCUUGGGGCAGAUCGAACGCAGCUCCUCGCUGGGGUGGUCAGCCUGAACGACGUGGUGGCUCUGGAACGUAUGAAGCAUCGCAUCCACCCGAUAAUGGUAGAUGGGGCCACAAUUCCGUCACUUAUUCCGAACGAACAAACGGCGGCAAUCACAGAGCAGGAAACGACCGCUACCGGGAGCGAGGAGGUCCUAAAUGGGCUAGCGCUAGUGUACCACGUCGAGAUAGCCGUGAACGAAGUCCUCCCCGUCGGAGAAGAUUGUGAAAAAUUGUACAAAUCAUAUAUAGAGGGACCAAUUGUGAAGCAUCAUCCUUCUUCAAGUGAAUCAAAACUUUUCUCCGAUCAAGCCUGUUUGUGCUUCAUUUGAUAAACCUGUCAGUUACUCGAUUGAGCAUGCACAUGCACAGAGUUCGCGACAAGUGGUUUUUCUGAAUGUAGUUUCAAAACAGAUACUCCCCAGACAAAAAAAAAAACUGCUUUAUUAAUAUCAUGAAAGUAUAAGAUUCUUC